UUGGAGUGCAUUUCCCAACGGGUUCAGACACACGCUCUCUAUUCUCUUCUCCAACAAAAAAUGGCUUCCAUAACUGAUUUCGAAUCCCAAGAAACCCAAUAAACUAACUCCCCGAAAACAAACAGCACCGCCACCACCAGAAGAAGAGAGCACCCAAAAAUCGAAUCAUUACAGAAACACUCUUAAGGAACCGAAGCCAUGUUGGGAAAAGUGGUUCUCUCCUUCGUCUUUGUGCUCCUUCUCCUAAUCUCAUCCGCAAUUUUCAUUGGCCACCCCGAUAUCCGAUCCCAUUUCGUCCUAAAAUCGCUUAAUCAACCGGUUCAAUGUGGACCCGAACCGCCUAUUCGGGUUUACAUGUACGAUCUCCCACGCCGCUUUAACGUUGGCAUGCUUAACAGCCAGAGCACGGAGGAGACUCCGGUAACCGCCAAGGACUUUCCGCCGUGGCCCGAUAACUCUGGCCUGAGGAAGCAGCACAGCGUCGAGUACUGGAUGAUGGGCUCGCUCCUCUACGAACGCGACGGCGACAGCGUUGAAGACAGCAGAGAUGCCGUUAGGGUUUCGGAUCCGGAACUCGCGGACGCGUUCUUCGUCCCGUUCUUCUCGUCGCUGAGUUUCAACACGCAUGGCCACACCAUGACGGAUCCGGAUACCGAGUUUGAUCGGCAAUUGCAGGUUGAUUUGAUGGAUAUUUUGAACAAGUCGGAAUACUGGAAAAGGUCUGGAGGUAGAGACCAUGUAUUUCCCAUGACACACCCCAACGCCUUUAGGUUCCUCCGAGAUCAACUGAAUGAAUCUAUUCAAGUUGUUGUGGAUUUUGGCCGCUAUCCCAAAAAAAUGUCUAAUUUGAACAAAGAUGUGGUGUCACCCUAUGUCCAUGUUGUAGAUUCUUAUACUGACGACGAUCUUCAAGAUCCGUAUGAGGCUCGUUCCACAUUGCUUUUCUUCCGAGGCAGGACUUUGCGGAAGGAUGAAGGCAUUAUCAGGGCAAAACUAGCAAAGGUAUUGGCCGGUAUUAAUGAUGUUCACUAUGAGCAAAGUUUUGCAACGGGAGAAAACAUAAAAGCGUCAGCUCAAGGAAUGCGUUCAUCAAAGUUCUGUUUGGAUCCAGCAGGAGACACACCAUCAUCUUGUCGUCUUUUUGAUGCAAUUGUCAGUCACUGUGUUCCUGUCAUUGUGAGUGAUCAAAUUGAACUCCCCUUUGAGGAUGAGAUUGACUACACCAAGUUCUCGGUUUUCUUCUCUUUCAAAGAGGCAUUGCAGCCUGGUUACAUGGUCAAUCAGCUUCGUCAAUUUCCAAAGGAGAAAUGGACCGAAAUGUGGAGGCAGCUCAAAAACAUCUCCCAUCAUUAUGAAUUCCAAUACCCUCCAAAGAAAGAAGAUGCUGUUAAUAUGUUGUGGAGACAGGUCAAGCACAAGAUUCCUGCAGUCAAACUUUCUGUUCAUAGAAGCCGAAGGUUAAAAGUCCCUGAUUGGUGGCGGAGGAGGAGAUGAUUCUUGGAUCUUUUUUUUUUUUGCUGAUCUUGUAUAUUCACUCUCUUCAGUUAUGGUGACUAUACCCCCCAAAAAGGAAGAAUCUCAGUUGAUACGUCCUCGUUUCUGAGCAUUUCGAAAUAGAUACUUUUGUAGAAGUUUCAAUGUGUUGUUUGGAUCUUCGGUCUCUGAUAUGGAUGACGUGUACAGUUCACUUGGGAGCUUGAUGUUCAUAAACAUUCCUGGUUCCGAUGGAGUUCCUGGGAUCUUCUGCUCACUUCUUAACGUGCAAUGUCUGUUGCUUCUUUUAUUGGUCAUUUUGGUUGAGUAGCGAGCACUAGCAAUAUGCUCUGAAUCGGGUUAAGAAAGAUAUAUGGGAAAGGGAUCAAGGUUUUUUCAUUUGCAUUUCAUCGUGUUACCCAAUUGAGUUUGUACAUCCCGCGUUGAUAUCAUCGUAUCAUUAAACUACUUAAAUGACAAAAUUCUUUUGAGUUCAA